UUUUCGGAACGAGAUCAUCAGCAACAUGAAAAUUGCGGUCUAUUUGAUGACUUACGGUGUGCUUGGAUUUGCAGCUGGAAAAAGUAUUCAACUCAAUCAACAACUUCCUCGCAAAGAUCGGUUAUUGAAGAGAAUUGAGUGCAUACUAGGUGAUCAGAAACAGUGUGAACGGAAAGUAUUAAAACCGAGAUGGUACAGAGGAGAAGAAAGUACAAUAUACACCAAUGGAAAAAUAUAUGCUGUUCAUGGUAAACGCUGGGAUGAAAUUCCACAGGAAGCCAUGGUUGUGAAAGGCGGUAAAAUUAACUUCGUAGGAACUUCAUCUGAAGCUUUGGAGUAUUUCACGUAUCAGAGCACGGUACUAGAUCUUCAUGGAGCAACUAUACUGCCAGGAAUUCAUGAUGUCCACAUUCAUCCACUGGAGUCAGCCUCGGAGGUCGGUGUUACAUGUCAACUUAAGUCAAAUACAGAUCCCGAUAGCGAAGAAAUUAAGAACAUUUUCAGAACUUGUGCCAAAAGGCAGAUCGGAACAAACUGGAUUCUAGGAGGCGGCCAUUCAAUUUCAAGUAUUUUGAAACACAUUAGGAAUGGUGGGAAACCACCGAGGAAGAUAAUCGAUGAAGUUUUACCAAAUGUCCCAGUUGUAAUGUUAGAGGAAACGUCGCAUUCCGUUUGGGUGAAUACCAAGGCACUUCAACUGGCUAAUAUCACAAAAUACACUACAAGAAGACCUGGAGGUGUUAUCAUGAGAGAACCAAUGACCAAUGAGCCUAAUGGAAUUCUGCUGGAGGAUGAGGGUAUAUCUAUAAUGGAAUUUGCCUUAAAGCCAACGGCCGAGUUGGAGGAACUUAACUAUCAAGGACUAAUAUAUGGUCUUGAAAAAUUAAACGCCAAUGGCAUAACCUCAGUAUGUGAUGCCAGGUUGUUUUGGACUCGUAACCACGACAAAGCAUGGGAUAGGGCAUGCAGAGAUGAUAAAUUAACAGUGCGUGCUAAUCUUGGACUGUGGGCAUAUCCACAGAAGGAAGAUGGAUAUCAAAUCCAAAAACUGAAAGACAUGUACACUAACGGUAACCCAGAUUGCUUUCUUAAGAAAAAUCAAAUCAAAGUGUACAUUGAUGGUUUGCUAGAAAGUACAACCGCUGCCAUGGAGGAACCCUAUUUGGAAAACUUGCAUUUACCUGGUAUUCCUGACAACAGAGGCAUGAAUAUUUUUGACCAAGCACGUUUAACAAAGUACGUCAGAGAACUUCAGCACUUUGCUGAAGGCAAAGGCUUUGAUUUCCAUAUUCAUGCAAUUGGUGACCGUGGUGUUCAUCAAGCACUAAAUGCGUUCAAUGAUUCGUGGAUCCAAGGCACUCGUCAUCGAAUGACCCACCUUGAGCAAGUUGAUGAACUGGAUAUCAAUCGCUUCAGACGUUUAAAUGUCAUUGCCGACUUUCAAGUCGCCGGAAACUUUACUUUGCCCUCUUACCGAAAAGACCUUGCAAAAUUGGUAGGCAAAGAUAGGGCGUACAAUUCCAUUCCUGUAAAGAGCGUGUAUGACACUGGGGCUAAAGUGACACUAAGCAGCGACUGGGAUGUCAGUGACUUGAACCCUUUUGUUGGCCUUCAGCACGCCAUUUCUAGAGGUCAUCAGUCUAUCACUAUUCAAUCAGCCGUGGAGAUGUACACAAUCAACGCCGCUUAUGCUAUGAGACAGGAGGAUGUUGUUGGGUCUCUGGAAGUAGGGAAACAUGCCGAUUUUAUCGUAAUCGAUACAGACAUCAUGGAUCCCUCUAAUAAAGAUUCCAUUUAUCAAACCAAAGUCCUCCAAACCGUACUGGAAGGUGAGGAGGUCUACUGGAAAAGAAAUGAUUUCAUCAAGGAUGUCACGUGUACGGUUUCCGAGGGAGGGUGCUAUUAUAAUGGCUGUGACUAUUAUUAGAUAUGCUAUAAUUUUAAGUUGCGUUAUUUUCUUCAAAUCUUAGCCGGAAAUGAUAUACUGUAAUCAUUUACUGUGGUCGUCAAUACUGUACAUUUUCGUGUAUUAUAACAAAUUUGUAAUUUUACGUUAUGUAAACAUUUUGGAGAACAAAAAAUCGGAGGUAUUUACGGCGCUAAGUGCAAAAAAAAAAAAAAAAAAAAAAAAAAAAAAAAAAUUAGAAAAUAUUUUUUUAAUCAUCGAGCAUAAAUAUUUUAAUAAAGGCAUGAGCCCUAUAACAUUUAAAGAUGGCUGACUCCGUGGAUAAACUAAUUUUGAUAUACAAAUUGUUUUCAAAAGGCCGAAUUAGCAUUAAAGGCAAUCAUUUCUACCAUUCUUUUAAUCAAGAAAAAUGAUACUUUAUCCGUUCAUAUAAGUUAAAUAAAG